AUGUUCGCUCUGGUCAAUCAUGGAGUCCCAACCGAGACAGCGGAGGCUAUGUGCCCUUGGUUUUAUUCCUCCGGCGUGCUAUAUGAAGAACAUUCCCGAGAGCGUUGGAUUUCAGGAUUCAUGAGACUGAUCGGUACUCAGAUGUUGGAUAUUUUGGAUAGCGAGGAGAAGAAGAACAGUGCCAUGGAGAAGAUCUACCUAAUGCUGCACUAUGGCACCACAGGAGAAAAUGGGAGUCAGUGGACCACAUAUGCCCUGAGAUGUGUUGCUCAAAAGCCGUGA